AUGAAGCUUAAAAAGUCAUCUGAUAAGAAAUCUGUUUCUCUUAGUUACUAUGAAAUUUUGUUUGCUUCUCUGUUUGCAUUUCUUGUGUGUGUUUGUGUUGGACUGAUUGUACUUUCGUGGUUAUCAACCCAGGAGUUAGAACAAGCUGAAGUAUAUGGGAAUACUUAUGGCUACAUUGGAACAUUUCAAAUACUCUCUGGAACAUCAUUCACUCCCACUUUGCAAAACAAAUUAUCAUCUGAUUUCAAAGUCCUUUCCUUUGAUGUUGAACAAUUGAUACAAGAAGUCUUUCAAGCAAGUGAUCUGAAAAAUGAAUUUAGGAGAUGUGAAAUUUCCCAGUUUAAGGAAUCUGAAGACGGCCAUGAAAGAGAGUCAGAGGGUGUUGUUGUGAUCUUCAACCUUUAUUUGACUCAAAUGGUAACAGUUGAGAAAGUUAAAAAGGAACUGCGUGAGGGUAUCAAUGCAAAUAAAACCAAUCUUACACAGACUUUAAAAAUUGAUGAAAACAGCAUACAAAUCACAGUAGCUACUGAAAGUCUUACUACAACGAUGCCUUUAACUUCACCAGGUCAUUUUGAGAGAGCAAGAAAUAGAGUUCUAACUUUGGACUGUGUUUGCCUAUGUUCAGGACAUCUCACCACAAGCAAGACUUCACCGACUUCAGCUGAGUGUUUGCCAGCCACUAAACUUUGUGAUGAUGGUGUAACCUGCAUUGAAAAAGAUUUAUUUUGUGAUGGAGUCUCGGACUGCCCAGAUGGUUCAGAUGAAUAUGAGAAAGAGUGUGCUACAGUUUGUGAUGGAAAAUUUAUGUUGACUGAUUCCUCUGGGUCUUUUCAUUCUAUGAAUUACCCAAAGCCAUAUAAUGCAAAUAUCAUUUGCCAAUGGAUUAUACGUGUGCCUCAAGGGUUAUCCAUCAAACUGAACUUCACUUCUUUUGAUACACAAUCAUAUACGGACAAUUUAGAUAUUUUUGAAGGUAUAGGACAAACCAAGGUUUUAAGAGCUUCCUUAUCAGGAUCUAAUCCUGAGACAAUCUUCAUUUUUUCUCAUGAGGCUACAGCACAGUUUAUGUCUGAUUUUCUUGAAAAUUACAAUGGCUUUAAUGCAACCUACACUACAUUCAACAUAAAUGAACUAAACAAUUAUGAGAAAGUCAAUUGCACUUUUGAAGAUGGAUUUUGUUACUGGAUACAAGAUUUAGAUGACGAUUCAGACUGGGAGAGAGUUCAGGGUCCUACCCAUCCCUCCAUGACUGGUCCUAAUUUUGAUCACACAUUUGGCAAUGUGUCAGGAUUUUAUAUUUCAACACCCAUAGGACUCGGAUUUGGAGAAGAAAGAGCCCGGAUUCUGAGUUUGCCUUUGGUCUCUUCAGAUUCAUCUUGUUUAAGCUUUUGGUAUUUCAUGUAUGGUAGUAAUGUUUACCGUUUAAGAGUUAGCAUAAGUAAUGAAUAUGAUUUGGAAAAGAUCAUUUUCCAGAAAGAAGGCAACUAUGGAAACAACUGGAUCUAUGGACAAGUAACUUUAAAUGAAACAUCUGAUUUUAAGAUUAUUUUUGACGCAUUUAAAAAGCCUGGUCGCAGUGAUAUUGCCGUGGAUGACAUUGGCCUAACAAAGGGAAAGUGUGAUGAAAGUAAUUAUGUAGAGCCAACUUUUACUCCAACUGUUACUACUGUGCCUUCUGGUCCUACUGACUGUGGAGGGCCGGUUGAACUCUGGGAGCCAAACAGUACAUUCAGCUCUGAAAACUUUCCAAACAAUUAUCCUAAUCAAGCCACUUGUGUGUGGUACUUAAAUGCUGAAAAGGGAAAGAACAUUCAACUUCAUUUUCAGGUUUUGGAUCUGGAAAAUAUUUAUGAUGUAGUUGAAGUCAGAGAUGGCAGAGGACCAGAUUCCUUACUUUUGGCUGUCUAUACAGGACAAGACCCAUUGCCAGAUGUCUUCUCUACAACAAAUCAGAUGACAGUAACACUCAUUACGGACGAGGCUGAAACAAGGAGGGGAUUUCUUGCAAACUUUACUACUGGCUACUAUCUAGGAGCUUGCAGCGUUGAUGAGCAUCAAUGUGGCAGUGGGGAAUGUGUACCAUUGGAUAAAGUUUGUGACAAUGUCCUUCAGUGUGAAGAUGGCUCCGAUGAAGCAAAGUGCAUGAGAUUGCUUAAUGGCUCUCUAAGCACUGAAGGGCUGGUACAGGCCAGGAUUGGGAAGACGUGGCACCUGGCAUGUGCAGAUGGCUGGAACAAAGAGAUUUCAGAGAGUGUUUGCCAGCUGCUGGGGUUAGGGGAUACAAAUAUGUCAUCAACUGUAUUAUUCACUGGAGAUGGUCCAUUUGUCAACAUCACUGAAACAGCUAACCACAGCCUAAUAUUUACAAUAAGGGAACACUGUUUGAACAACCUGGUGGUUCAUCUGCAGUGUAACAUUAAACCUUGUGGAAAAUACCUGGCAACUCAGAAAAAUGGAACAAGGAUUGUAGGUGGAAUGGAUGCCAGAAGAGAGGCUUGGCCUUGGAUAGUUUCACUCCAUUUUAAUUCCAUACACGUUUGUGGAGCUUCCCUUGUCAGUGAAGAAUGGCUGGUGACAGCAGCGCACUGUGUAUAUGGGAGGCAAUUAAAACCAUCUCAAUGGAAAGCAGUUUUUGGCUUGUACAAACAAUCAGAUAUGACACAGCCUUCAACAGUAGUUCAAACUAUCGAUAAAAUAGUUAUAAACCCUCAUUAUAUGAAGGAUACAAAAGACAGCGAUAUUGCUCUCAUGCAUUUUCAAUACAAACUGCAAUAUACAGAUUAUAUACAACCUAUCUGCUUACCAGAAAAAGAUCAACAGUUUUUACAAGGAAUUAACUGCUCCAUUGCUGGCUGGGGUUAUAUUGUGAAUGGAGGUCCCACUUCAGAUAUAUUGCGAGAAGCAGAGGUCCCUCUCAUUUCAAAUGAAAAAUGCCAGGAAUGGAUGCCAGAAUAUAAUAUUACUGAGAAUAUGAUCUGUGCGGGAUAUGAAACGGGAGGAGUAGAUUCCUGUCAGGGAGAUUCAGGGGGCCCUCUGACAUUUGAAGAUGGUAAUGAGUGGGUUUUGGUUGGUGUAACGUCAUUUGGCUAUAAGUGUGCACUUCCCAGACGACCAGGAGUGUAUGUUCGAGUCACCAUGUUUGUGGACUGGAUUAAAAAUAUCAUCUAUUAGCUUGAUACUUUUUAA